AAUUUGCAAAAAAUAUAUUUCAUAAAAUUGGGUGUUUUAGUAAAAAACAGUUGCUAAAUAAGAACUAGAUUACAGUAAAAUUAUACUUGAAACUGCGUAUGAUGUGUCUUGAGUAAUAGUAAUAAGAGGAGCACUAUAAUAUCAGUUAAAACAAAAUUAUUUUAAAAGGAAAUACUAAUGAAUUAAAUAAAGUACAAGAUCAAAAAUAAAAUGUCUCACCUAACAUAAGCUAAGGAAUUUAGGAGCAUCGCAUAACCGAGUCUACAACUCCUGAGCAAUUCGUUAAAUCCAAGGUUUUUAUUGCUCACAACAAUGAAAUAAAAAUUGCUUAAAAUGUUGAAAAAAUAAGUGAGGUUGAUAAGAGCUAGUCAUUGAGAAUUUUCAAUCCAAAUUUUAUAAUGAUGAUAAUCGAAAAAGACUUAAAAGCAGACAGCAGUCCAGCUCAAGUUUAAGAGUGUGGAAAAGAAGCUCAAUCAAUACUAAUAGAAGAUGACACCAUACAAAAAUAGCCUAAUAACCCCAAUUUAACAGAACAACACUAAAAUAAAGCAUAAAUUAAAGAUAUUAGGUAUUUGAAUUACCAUAACUAAGAUCUAAUAAAAAAGAUUCGUCUUCAAACAAGCUCUUUGAAAAAAUUAACUUUUUAUAAUCUAAUUCAAAAUGCGAUAAUAUGGAGUUAUAUAAUUAUCAAAUUUGUUUGGAUUUUCUACAUCUUUGGAGUUUUAUCAUAGGAUUAAAGUGAGAAUUCUAACUAAAAUAUCAUGUAGAUUGAUAGGUACGACACUUCGCAAAAAACUUUGAUUUACAUCGAUUGCUUAGUUUUGGCUCUUUAAGUUGUUUUAUUACCGCUCUGCAAGCUUUUCAUUUACAGAAGUUUAAGAAAGCUGCAAAUUUACAAACGUUUUAUUAUACUAGUACUAAAAAUUUAUCUGGUUUCAGAUUUACUCUUUUUCGGACUGAUCUAGUAUUAUUAAUUUGGUUUCGAUAGCAAAUUUAAAAUAGUUGCUGGAAUCUUUUUUAUACUUUAAUCCAUCCUAUAACUUAACGAUAUUUAACUUUAUUCAAGUAUUUAUAAUUCUUAUAAAUAUUGCACUGAUGUCUUAAAUGUUGAUCCUUUAGAAAUCAAUAUUGUUAAUUGAUAAAUUUAGAGAAUCUCUAUUAAAUUCAACUAUUUGUAUUAACUUCUUAAGCAUCAUUCUUUAAAUCAUUCUUCUUUACAAAACAAUCAGAAAAAUAAAACUUUAUGGCUAAAAAUAAAUAGCAAAUAUACAUAAAAAGUGCUAUUUCAUUUUAAAUAUUUUAUAUAAAAUCUUUUCUUUACCAAAAAUAACUCUUUAAUAGCAAAAAUCUUGAAUCAAAAAAAAAAAUAUAUAUAUAUAUAUAUAUUUAUUAAUCCUCUUUCUUAGAUAUUUCUUUCUAAAAACACCGAAAAUAGCCUGAAUCUUUCUUUGAUAUCUUCCUCUCUUCUUCAGAUAUCUAUCUAUAUAUUAUUAUAAUAUAAAUAUAAUGAAAUCAUAAUUAUUAGUAAUUUAUAUAUUUACAUCAAU